AUGACGCAGAACACCAUUGAUGGUUCAUUGAGAACAUUACCCUCCAGGUCUGAAAAGUUUGUGGCGGGUGCUGCUGACUCCACAUCUAUACUAACUCUGCAAGAGCCAGAUGUUUCCUCAUCGGACGAGUAUCUUGACAGUUCAUCAGAAGAGUUGAUCACUGCCAGUCCACGGACAGUGCCGCUUAACACCAUUGACGACUCUCCACCAACUCUUGGGCCUAACAUUUUGAUCUACUAUCCUGCAAACUCAUUUGAGGUGUUCUACAUUAGGAUUGACAGGAGGGGAUCUAUCUGGAUAUACCCUAAUGUGGGUGGACCGUUUCAGAGCAUAGAUGAAACUGAAAAUGCUAUCAUUAGCUUCCUUGAUUUAUGGCAGUGUGAAACAAGGAUUAGUACAACAAAGGGAGGUCCUAAUUCGUUAAGUAGUGAGAAUACCUGUAGUGAGAAGUGGUACUUGGUUCAAGCUAUACUGGACCAGUUUAAUGACCAAAACAAUCUUUUCGGGAAUCUUGCACAUGAACUGGAAGAUCUUUUGAGGAAACAAAUCAUUUAUGAGAACCACAGGUGGUAUUAUCAUUUCAAUUUCACAACAAAGCAGAAAGAAGCUGAUGAUGACCAUAGCACUGGCAACAAACUAUUCUUUGCUGAAGUUUCGCAUAUGCAAGGAAAAAAGGUCUGGGAGGUCAACUGUUGCUGCAUGAUCGAAUUUGUAUCUAAGGGUGGCCAUUGUUUUGGCUGUAAAAACAAUGGAAGUCCUGAUAUGCUGCACCCGGUUGAGGCUGAUGCAUACACUGGUGGUCACUUGGAUGGAUAUUUACCAUUUGAUUUUGAUGCAUUAAGCAGCUCUGAUGAUGACGACGGUGAAUAUGAAUAUCUAUAUAAAGAUGAGGAUGAAGAGGAUGAAGAGGAAGAGUUUGAGAUGAAAUGCCUUGUUGGUCUGGGCCAAUUAUGA